GAGAAUUUCAAAUGCAGGAAACAUCCAAGCCGUCCGUUAACCCAGUUCUGUAUCCCGUGUGACGUCACCUUGUGUCAGAUGUGCAUCAGGACCUCUAGUGAUCAUAAAAAACAUGACGUUAGAGAUGUUGAGAAAUUAUUUAGAGAAAUUCACAAGAAAAAAGAUGGAGAUACAGUUUUAAUGUGCCUUCUUCUUUGUGCUUCAUACAAAAUAAAUCUCAAAGAAAAUCACUGGAUACAGAAGUACAAUGCUGUUGCUGAAGUCUUCGAAAUCAAGAAGAUUAAAAAGCCAUCCAAUCUUAGCAACAUAAAGAAGUACAAACCAAUACUGAAACAGGAUCGUGUGAAUGUUGAAUUUUCUUCUGAAUUCUUUAGAGACACAUGUUUUCUUAAAUAUGCCAAAGAUAGAGCAUUUGUGAGCAUGUUUCUGGAUUGGGCAGAAAAAGAAAACAUUGCAAAGUACUGCAGAUCAUCAAAGUAUCGGAGAAAAAAGACUGAGGAGGAAGUUUGCUGUUGGUUAUUACCAAAUCAAACAGAACAACUGAUAGAAAAACUUGGAGAAGACAUGUUCACACAUGUAACGAUGAUGGACCAAUCAAUACAUGAAUUAGUUUAUAGCAAGCUCGGCAUACCAGUACAGGUUAUAAUGAGAGGAGAUGAGUCUGUGAGGAACUUCUUGGACAAUCUGAGGAAAGGGGAGACGACCAUGUACCACGCCUCUGGGAUGAUCAUUGGGUGUGCUGGUAGUGGGAAAUCAACCCUACUGGAGAGACUGAAGGGCAUCGACCUGAAAGAAAUUCUGGAGAGUUCAAAGUCAACCAGAGGAAUUGAUGUCCAGGCUGACAUAUUUGAUGUAACUGGAAAAACAAUCAAGG